AUGGUUUUUGAUCGUGUGGCAUCCGAUCCACUACCAACUUCAAUCCCUAAUUUCUAAAACCUUCUCCCUCAUCGCUGCCUGCCAUCGAAAUGGCCGCCUCUUUGCUUCCCGAGGUUUCGCCGAAGAUCUUCACCGCAGAAACCCUCCGCGCCGCAGCCAAGCAAUCUCAGGGAAUCCAUCUCAUACCUGUCUCCCUCCGCCGCACCAUCAAGAAAUUCCUCCGAGAGAGGAAGAAUGGCCAUAUGAAUCGAAAGGUGCUGCUUCUCUCGCAGUCUUUCAACAAGAUCAAGUACGCCAACCUCCAGCUCACUGCCUCCGCUUCUCGUGACCUUGUUGAAAACCCGUUCAGGCCCGUCGUGCUUCGUUCUGGUCGGUGGAAGAUUCAGUCUGCUUAUGGGGACAUUGGUGUCAAGUAUAGUGAAGAUGAGACCGUCGCGUACGUCGCCUCCCGCAUGCCUGCCAUAUACUCUGCAUGCCACCGGGUCCUCCGGGAGGUUCGCAGGAGGGUGCCAGAGUUUUCUCCAUCCAAAGUUCUGGACUUUGGUGCUGGUCCAGGCUCAGCUCUUUGGGCAAUGCGCGAGGUUUGGCCUCGUUCUUUAGAAAGAGUUAAUUUGGUAGAACCAUCCAAAUCGAUGCAAAGAGCUGCUCAGAGCCUUUUGCAAGAUUUGAAAGGGCUGCCAAUAAUCCACAGUUAUGAUAGCAUUCAAGCCCUAAAUCGCAGCCUGGAUAAGCAUGACAGAAGACAUGAUCUUGUGAUUUCUUCCUAUGCUCUUGGAGAGAUACCAUCACUAAGUGACAGAAUUACAAUCCUGCGCCAGCUUUGGGACCUUACACAAGAUGUUUUGGUUUUGUUGGAACCUGGGACUCCACAUGGAUCCAAAAUUAUAACCCAAAUGCGUUCAUAUAUCCUCUGGAUGGAGAACAGGAAAUGCCGCAAGAAGCUUGGACUAUCAAAUUCCAUUUCUAGUGAUGUGAAAAGCAUUGUUAGACAAGAUGACAUGCUUAAAGAUGGUGCAUUUGUGGUUGCCCCUUGCCCUCAUGACGGACGCUGUCCUCUGGAGAAUACUGGUAAAUACUGUCAUUUUGUUCAACGACUUGAGAGAACAACAUCACAACGUGCAUACAAGAGGUCGAAAGGCGAGCCACUACGUGGUUUUGAGGAUGAGAAAUUCUGCUUUGUCGCUUUAAGACGUGGCAGCAGACCACAAGCUGGAUGGCCACUUGAUGGUAUGGAAUUUGAGACACUUAAAGAGCGACUGGCUAAGAGAAACCCUGAGGAUCUUAUCAUUGACUUUGAGGAUCAGUUUCCAACAAGGAAUGAUGAAGAGAGUUCAUUUGAAAAUGCACUAGUUCCAUAUGCUUCUGAUACUGCAGAAACCAACUUGUUCCAUCAAAAUGACAAGGAAGACUAUGAUGAAGACGUCCAUGCUAAUCUUGGGAGUGGUUGGGGUCGGAUCAUUUACCCUCCGGUACGGAGGGGAAGGCAAGUACAAAUGGAUGUAUGUAAAUCAACUAAAAGGGAUGGCUCUGAGGGUGCAUUUGAGCAUGUGGUAGUCACACAAAGGAAGAACCCCGAUCUACACCUUCAGGCUCGGAGGUCUCAUUGGGGCGAUCUUUGGCCAUGUUAGAUACGCUUGAAAACUCAAGCCUAGAGUCAUUGCUUCCAGACCAAGGUUAAAUUACGGCUCCUUUUCAGGAUGGAAUUUCAACUGGAGACCAAAUAGAUGGGUGAUUCAGUUACAUGCUUUCUUCCUUGGCCUUUUUGAAUCAAAGAAUGUGAGCACAAAUAGGAUCAACAGAUUUUUCUUCCAAGUUAAGAUUUCAUAUUGUUCCAUUAAAAAUAGACACUAAAAUACAAUAAUCUAUUGGUUUAUUCUCGAACAUUUUGUAAGAUUAUACUGCUAAUAAUAUUUGGAUAUUGUAAAUUUAUUGUAAUUAUUAUGUCAAGUAGAAUUUUACUCA